AAUCGCAUAGGAAUUAGACUACAUGCUUUCACAUGAAAAUGUUAAGAAAGAAAAUGCCAAUUUUUCCCCUCAGAAUUACCGCGGUUCUUUUUUUUUUUGUGAUGUUGGGGACAUCUAAUGCACAACUUAGUCCUACGUUUUAUGCUAAGUCAUGCCCCAACACGUCCAACAUUGUACUCGGGGUAGUCAAGCAGGCUCAGGCGCUCAGCAAAAUGAUGCCCGAAUUGGAGCCAAAAUUUUACUUCUUCACUUUUAUGACUGCUUUGUCAAAGGUUGUGAUGGCUCGAUCUUGCUAGACAAUGACAGUGCAAAUGGCGUAACGAGUGAAAAAUAUGCAUGCCCUAAUGCGAAUUCAGUUAUGGUAUUUGAUGUGUUUGACCACAUCAAAACUGCGCUGGGGAACGAAUGUCCCGAUGUUGUUUCUUGUGCUGAUAUUCUUGCCAUUGCAUCUCAAUUCCUGCGUUUGUUUCCACUUUUCAGGCUGGAGGUCCAACAUGGGAAGUGCAGCUGGGAAGAAGAGACAACCGGACUGCAAACAGAAACGGGGUUAACAGCACCCUUCCAUCUCCCUUUGAAAACCCUUGAUCAGAUCACAGCCAAGUUUUCAGAUAUUGGACUUGAUUCUACUGAUCUCGUUGCUUUAUCAGUUCUUUCCCACAGGCUCUACAAUUUCAGCAACGCUGGAAAUCCAGACCCAUCCCUGGACACAGCACACCUGGAAAAACUUCAGGAUGCUUGUCCUCAAGUUGGUAAUGGACGGACAUUAACAAAUCCGGAUCCAUCAACGCCUGAUGGUUUCUACAACAACUACUUCACAAAUAUUCAGAACAACCAGGGCCUUCUCCAGACAGAUCAAGAUUUGUUCUCCACCAGUGGGGCUGAUACUGUGGCCAUUGUCAAUAGGUUUGCUAACAGCCAGAGUGAUUUCUUUGAUAGCUUUGGUCAGUCCAUGAUAAAGAUGGGAAAUAUUAGUCCUUUAACGGGAAAGGAUGGAGAAAUCAGAACCGACUGCAAGAGGGUUAACUGAACACUUGAAAACUUGGGUUAGUUAACAAUUUUCCUCGUUCCAAAUUCAAAGAAAGAAAAAAUUAAUCUGAGAAAGUGAAUUAAAUAAAGGAAGCUAGAUGGA